GAGCAGUCAGUAUCGAUAGAAGACAGGAGGUCCAACACAGCGGCGGAAUUUAAGAAGAAGAAGACUGCUUGUAAGAGGAGGAAAGCUGAUGAGACGAAGGGCCUUCGACUCCACUCUGUCCAGGAGAGGCAUGAUCCGAGUGGUCGAUGCUGCGGUGCUGGUGGUGGCGGGCCUCCUGUUGGGGUCCGCCAAUGCUCAGUGGGACCCUAACGCAAGCAAUGGGCAGGCCAUUGUGCACCUCUUCGAAUGGAAGUGGCCGGACAUUGCUGCCGAGUGCGAGAACUUCCUGGGCCCUAGAGGCUUUGCUGGCGUGCAGAUCUCCCCUCCGAGCGAGAACAUGGUGUAUUACUCCGGUGGGCAGAACAGGCCGUGGUGGGAGCGUUACCAGCCCGUGUCCUACAACUUGGUGACCCGCUCAGGGGACGAGUCAGCCUUCCAGAACAUGGUGACCAGGUGCAACAACGCGGGUGUCAGGAUCUACGCUGACAUUGUAAUGAACCAUAUGACUGGCUGGCAACCCUCUGGCACGGGGGCGACUGGUGGUUCCUCGUUCGAUGCCGGCACAGAGUCCUACCCCGCCGUGCCCUACUCCGCCUUCGACUUCAACGAUGGGAAUUGCAACUCGGGGUCCGGCGAUAUCGAGAACUACGGUGACGCGAAUCAGGUCCGCAACUGCAAGCUCAGCGGCCUUAACGACCUCAACCAGGGAACAGACUACGUGCGGGGCAAGAUUAAGGACUACUUGAACAAGCUGAUCGGGUAUGGCGUGGCUGGCUUCCGAGUUGACGCCUCCAAACACAUGUGGCCUGGGGAUAUGCAGAUCAUCUUCAACAGCCUCAACGACCUGUCCACGGAUUACUUCGCCGCUGGAACACGCCCCUUCGUUUUCCAGGAAGUGAUUGAUCUCGGCGGAGAGGCCAUUAGCAGCGAUGAGUACGUGGGCAUCGGACGUGUGACAGAGUUCAAGUAUGGCAAGUUCCUGGGCGAGGCUUUCAGGGGCAACAACCAACUCAAGUGGCUGGUCAACUUCGGCGAGGGCUGGGGCAUGCUGGACCGAGGCUACGCCCUCGUCUUCGUUGAUAACCACGAUAACCAGCGAGGACACGGUGCCGGCGGUGACAUGAUCCUGACCUUCCGUGACCCCAAACUGUACAAGAUGGCCAACGCCUUCAUGCUCGGCUGGCCCUAUGGUUACACCCGCGUCAUGUCCUCCUACUACUGGGACCAAAACUGGGUGGGCGGCUCGGACCAAAACGACUGGAUCGGCCCCCCUCACGACGAUAGUUACAACACCCUCAGCCCCACCUUCAACGCGGACGGCAGCUGCGGCAACGGGUGGAUGUGUGAGCACCGCUGGAGGCAGAUCUACAACAUGGUGGAGUUCAGGAAUGUUGCCCACGGCACGGACAUGAACGACUGGUGGGACAACGGCAAUAACCAGAUCGCCUUCUGCAGGGGCGACAGGGGCUUCGUCGCCAUCAACAACGAGGGAUAUGAUCUCGCGCAGACCCUCCAGACCUGCUUGUCCGCGGGCACGUACUGCGACGUCAUCUCCGGCUCCCUUGAGGGCGGGGCGUGCACAGGCAAGAGUGUGACGGUGGGUAGCGACGGCACUGCAUACAUCCAGAUCGCAACCUCGGAGGACGACGGCGUGUUGGCCAUCCACGCCAACUCCAAGCUGUAAACAUCGACCGGUCACACGAGGUCAUAUAGAGCAGAGGAGAGAUCAAAACACUAAGAAAUGAAAAGAAAACAACCUCAAAAGAAAGAUGACAAGAGUUUAACAGCAAUCUAACAUACAACAACAACAACAAAAACACUGGAAUCUGCUGUUUUCUACUAUAUACUAACUCGAAACCUCUUCUCAUGUUAUUUUUCCCUUCCUAUGGCUUUAUAUCCUCUGUUUUCUCCUCCUCCUCCUCCUCCUCCUCCUCCUCGUCCAUCCUCACAUACCAGCACCAGCACAAUAAAAGAAUGACCCACUUA